AGAGUCAUUUCCAUGACAAUGUUGUCAUAGUAACAAUGUGGGGCUUUGAACAAUCUGUGUUUGGGUUGACUGGACUGUCUGAGUUGUGAGGACCGGAGUAGGAAGCGUACCCUGGCAGCUGGACGACGAAACUUAUGAGUCCAUUCACUCAAAACAAUGACAAGUGAUGAGCUUUGUGUUGGACCUUGGAGGCCCCACAGACCACGGAGACCUAUUGCUGCUCUCUACGGGAGCCCGGGGCCCAAAUAUGCCCUUCCUGGGCUCAUAGGUGCUUUUCAACAUGACCCUACCAAAUAUAAAGCCCCAAUGUUCUCCUUUGGUGCUCGGCAUGAGGAAGCUAACACAAGCUGCUCUCCUGGACCAACAUAUCUAAUCCCCUCGAACAUGACCAGGAUGGGCAGAAGUGUAACGCCUGCAUUUUCUCUUCUUGGUCGACCUAAGCAGCUACAACUGUCCCAAGUACCUGGACCAGGCCAAUAUUCUCCAGAGCGUUCUGGAAAGAUGACCAUCCGUUCAGCUCCUGCUUAUUCUCUAUUUGGGAGAAGAAGAGAUCGGAGCACUGCCCAUACGCCAGGUCCAGCCACCUACACUCUGCCACCCAUGCUGGGCCAUAAAACUGUAGUUGCACCCUCAGCACCCAACUACACACUUCAGGGCCGCAGUAAAACUGCAAGCUUCCAUGAAGACCGUAACAAGACUCCGGGUCCCGCGGCCUAUAACGUUGUUGACCCCUAUAUUUAUAGGCAGAAACCUCCACAAUACAGCAUAAAGGGCCGCAACUUUGCUCCUGAAGAAAACACAAAGACACCAGGCCCAGGAGCACACUAUCCUGAGAGGGUCACCUUUACAAAAGCAAAAGCUCCCAGUUUCACCUUUGGACUGCGUCAUUCACAAUACCUCGCUCCCCUUAUUGUAAACCAAGAGGAAUAAAGGCAGAAAUCUAGCUGUUAAAAGAAACAGAAACCUUAAUGAUUAUUGGGAUAUUUUAUUAUAGUUGGCCCUCCAUGCUGUUUGUGCUUUAAAAAUCUUAAAUAUUUUUUUAUGUGGAAAAGUUAUAUUAAUAUGGGGAAGUUGUAUUAAAAUAUCAGAACAGCUA